UCUCUUCGAUGCCGCCGAAUUAACCUCCUUCGCGUACCCACGCCUCCCGUCACGCGCGUCACCGUCCGCAGCAGCACCCUAGACACUGCUUAUAAGAAGAGAGGCACACACCUCUCCCCCGCUGCCCUUCUGCUUACCCCCCCUUCCUUUUCGAUAAAUGUUAAUAAAAGCCAAUAGACUCGGCCAGACUAUUCCCGUCUCGCCCCGAGAGAGGAAGCAUGGGCUCGAUCAACAAGCAAAUCUCGCGGUACGAGACGACGGCAGUUUACACCCACCCCGAUGCGAAGGUCGACAUCGUCCUCGUCCACGGCCUGAACGGAGAUCCCCACAAGACGUGGGCCUCCAAGAAUGGCGUCUUCUGGCCCACCGACCUGCUCCCCGCGUCUCUGAGGGAUGCCCGUGCGAACAUACUCGUGUAUGGAUACAACGCCGACGUAUACUCGAAGAGGCAUGGGUCGAGCCCGAGCGACAACUUCAUAUACAUGCACGCCCAGACCUUGGUGACGUCGCUCACCCACUACCGCAAGGACGAGAUGUCGUCGCGCAACCCGAUUCUCUGGGUGUGCCACAGCCUCGGCGGCAUUCUCGUCAAGCGCGCUCUGCUGUACUCCAACGACCUGACGGCUUCGCAGCACGAGGACUACCGGUCGCUGUACGUCUCCACGUACGGCAUCAUCUUCCUCGGCACGCCGCAUACCGGCUCUAGUAUGGCAGCCUGGGGCACGACGCUGCAGGCCAUGUCCGAUGCUGUCGUCCCCAGGACGCUCUUCCGGUCGGAAUCGGUCUUGCUCAAGACGCUGAAGCGGGACAACGAAACGCUGCAGAAUAUCAACGUCCACUUCCUGGAUAUAUAUCAGCGGUUCAAGAUACUCAUGGCGCACGAGAACCACGAGACAGACCUGAGGGGGACGAAAAUGCUCAUAGUCGAUGCCCACUCGGCCAGCCCCCAUCUGCCGGGUGUCACGUAUUACGCCGUCGAAGCCACGCAUUCGGCCAUGUGCAAGUUCGAUAGCAGAAACGCGCCGGGCUACCGGACCAUCAGCACCGCUCUCAGGGAAUGGGUCUUCGACUCGCCGGACGUCAUCGCUACUCGGUGGAGGAUAGAGGAGGACGAGAAGUUGGCGAGGGCGAGGCAUGAGAUCGAGGAGAGAAUGAAACCAUGGCUCGAUUCGCAGCGCUUCCAGGAGAUGGGCCCCCGAUCCACUCCGCAGCAGCAGCAGCAUCAUCAUCAUCAUAAUGAGACUACAUUACCACCGUCCCGUGACGUCCCGAAGAUCGACCACCCAUCUAGACCUCUCCUUACCGGCCCGGUGUCACCCAACCAGCCGUCGGAAGAUGAGUAUUUUCCAUCGCAGCAGUCCAAGUCCGAGGAUGAUUCGCCGGAACCCAUAUUUGUGAAACCGACGAUAUUUCGACCCAACACGUAUUUUAUAGGCCGUGACCCGGAGCUAAAGGCGUUGCACAGAAUGCUCACGGACCGUAAGAGAAGGUCCGAGGGAACAUCCUCUGUGCUGAUUCAAAGCAUGCCCGGCGGGGGCAAGACCCAUUUGGCACGGCAAUACGUGUUCCGGCAUCGGUACGAUUAUCCUGGCGGUAUCUUCUGGAUCAUGGCGAGCUCCCUGUGGGAAUUGAAUUUAGGAUACUGGGACAUCGCGAAGACUGUGGGUCUCAGCGAGGUACGACAGCUAGAUCAGAGCGGACUCGACGAUACCGGCAAAAUGGUAGCGGCCGUCCGGGACUGGCUGAGCAGCAACGAGAACUGGCUACUCAUCUUCGACGGUAUCCAAUUCGACCUCCCCGACUUAAAACUAUACAUCCCGUUUGCCAGGAACACGAGCAUAAUCUACACGUCGACGGAGCGAACACCGAGCGAGGAGUACCAAUUUGACAAUCCCCAGGUCCUCGCCCUAAACCCGCUCACAAAACAAGAGGCUCGAGAGCUGCUCUUCGACGAGAUGGGGAAGAAGAAACCAUACACGCAGGACGACCUAAAGCGCGCCGAGGAGCUCGUGCAACUGAUGGACCGCUUACCCAUCAUGAUUCACGCCGCGGCACAGCAUCUGAAAGCCACGAGGGAACCCUUGGCGAAGUAUCUGAGGUCGUAUCGAAGUCGUCCGAAGGCAAACAACUUGGAGGCGUAUCGGAGGGUACGCAAGCAGCUCGAGUACAGAGGCGCCAGUGCUGCAUUGAACCUGAUGGCCCUGCUGUCCUUUCUCGGCACUCACAUCCCAGUCGAGAUGAUAGUAAUCGGAACAAGAGGUCUGGAUAAAAGGACGCCCGUUAAAUCUGCAGACCCCGAGACCCGGCGUGGUUCGUUAAACAUCACAUUCAAGAUACUUAUCUCCUUCGCCCUCAUCGAAAGAAACGAGAACAGCGAGAUUGCUUCUGCCAGCUCGCACAGCACUCGUAGCGUCGACAUGGGCCAAGACAGCUUGGACGUUCUCAGAAUCCACGGAAUUGUUCAGGCCUUCUUUAUCGAUACCCUUGUCGAAGAGAGACAGGCCGGAUUUUGGUUGGAGAGGGCAAUCUGCGUCUUCUGUCGAGCUUUUGAUGUGAGCGACCGCCGAGUCGACGAAGACCGUCAGACGGGAAUACCGGAGGACUUCCGGAGAUUUCUCAUCCACGGCGAGCGGCUACUAGUUCAUAUCAAUCGUUUCGAAAAAAGACACCCGGAUCUUUCUGAGGGUCGAGAGCAGGUAGAAUCGCGUCUAUGUCUCGCUAGGAAACGCAUCGAACAGCUCACCAAGCGGGUUAGAGAAUCCACCAACCAGGAUUCCGCGGAGCCGAUCAUCUCUGUCUUCGAACGCACCAAUAGUCUGUCGGAGAGGGACUCCUCGACGCCGCCGAGCAACAGCAGUAUCAACGAGUCUUAUCAUCUAUACGACGAAAGCUCGCCGCUGGAAUCGCCUGGCAUCUACAGCCCUACAGAUCACAACCCCUACCAUUGGCACGUCAGCUACCCUAACCUAGCAGUGGCUUAUGACGAUGAAGAUCUCUCCAGGACGGUCACUCCGCAACCGGAAGGAACGGAAAUCUUCGAGUCGAUGUCUAUGCCAGACGAUGACGAAGUCACCCGCAACGUGUUUGGGCCCAAUCAUCGGACCAUCAAGAGACAUGCCGAGCGACGUUACCGCGAUCGCGCAGGUUCUUGGCGAGCCUCGGCGCAAAUGCUUAGUGAUCCACGAAUCAGCAUUAGUCGUGAGAUGGUAAAGGGCAUCAUUAAUCCGUCGGCGACCCCACAAGCCCCUAGGCUGCGCUCUGCCACCGAUAGCGCUGUAUCAGACACUACCGAAGCGCAGGCAACCCUCAACCGGAUUACGAAGGUGCCUCCCUCGUCGGGACAGAAGGAAGAGACUGGGGACGCCGAAUCUGCCAGCGCUAGCUCCCCAAGUACACGCCCCAAGUUCAUAGCCGGAAGGCCAUCUUACGCCGAUGCCAAGACUGAGGCUGCCGUCGGGGAUCACUCCGUAUCUCCAACGUUCUCUAGUCCAGUGCGGCCAAGUCACUCUGCCCCGAAUGUUGUGAGAAUUAGGGAACAGGAACGAUCUGUAUCACUAGACGGCCUCGCGCCCGUCAAGAUCUCUAGCCCUCUAGCAGGAUCUCCACUCACCCCAACAUCGAUACCAUCCCCGAUCCUAACGCGGCAGCAACAGCCCCAGCUAGAAGGUGAUAGGAGCGAGCUCAUGCCCAGGCCACCUUUGAGGUCCUCGUCUAGACCUCCAUCAACCUCGCCCUCGAGACAACCCGCGAGGCAACAUUCCCGGCCGUCUUUGAAAUCGGCGUCGCGAUCUGCUAGAUCUAGCCCAUCACACGCUGCUGGCCCUUUCCCGCCGCCGCCACCACCCAUCCCGGUCGAGGUCAACUCCACUAGCAGCCUGCGUUCCGCGGCCGUCUCCAGUUCCCACCAUUGGGACCAUCAUCGAUUCGCUCAACCAUCAGCGGACGAAGACGGCGGGUAUCAACAUCUGGCCCACUCCCUCCCUUCAGUACGAUCCUAUCCCAACCUUCCGUAUCCACACACGGCACACAAUCCACCCGAAGGUUCCCCCCCAGUGGAUCAUCCGCCACCGUGGGCUGCAUCUUCCGUGACUCCCAAUUUACACCCACAGGGCUACUCUAGCCAGCCAAUGUCGCGGGACCCCAGCCACCAGUCCAGCCACAGCUAUGGCUCGAACCAUUCCUUACCCCACACCGGCUCGCCGCUGGCUCGCAGCUCGUCGUCACCCGGAUCGCAGGCCAUGAAGCAGCCGCGCUCGCGCCGCCCGAGCAUCGUUGAGACAGAACCUAGUCCCCGGCUUAGCGGCAUCGACCUCGAUACGGUGGUGACAAGCUACUCCCUGUACAACGAGACCGCUCGCGGCAGGAGACGCGUCGCGACGGGAGGUUUGUCCCGCUCUCCGAACAUGCCAGGGCUGCUGUCACGAUUUAAACCGCAGAGGAGAGGAGGCGGCGAUAUUCGCCGCAACAGGUCCGCUAGUGGCCGACUAAGCAGUCUCGGUACUGCGUCGGGCGGGGCCAACCCUAACGCAAAUGUUCCUAAGGGUGCCGAACCCAUGAUGCGCUCCGGUUCGGGCGGGCUUCGACUCUCGGAUGGUACGGUUGUCGAAUUCGGGGCUGUGCCGUCGCGGAUAGGCUCACCGUCACCCAGCAUAGUACGGACCAGCUCCCCAGGUCCCAUCGUAGUCGGCAGCAGCAGUGAUGCCAAGACCAAUCCAAACCCGCCUCUUUCCGCCAGGAUGAGCCCUCAACUGGCUUCCGCCUCUACGUCUCGGCCGCGGAGCCUCCGGCGCCGCGGUAACGAGAGCAUAAACAGCAGGAAGACGUCGCCUGCGGCCGACGACCCAACCGUCGGACUAGGCAUUCAGUACCAAGAUCGACCCUCAUAAGUUUUUUUUCCCUCCACAUGUACAUUGGCUACUUCCCCUUGGAUCCCAUCAAAUAUCCCACCUCUGUCUUCUCACUCCAUCGUCGCGUAGACCUCUCUGUAGAGGUUUACGCACCCACGCAUACGUGGGCAUACAUGUACAUACAUAGGCAUUCGAAUUCGCAUACACAUUGUUUUUUUCCCUCACUGUUUCGUGUGCCGACAACGACCAUGCAUUUCCGGACCCGGUGGGGGGGAAAAAAUAGAAGAAAACGGGAACUC